CUGACACUUUUGACAGUUCCAAUUGUGGAAGUGGUCGGAAAUCUGAAAUGAGACAACAAAACAAAUAAUUUUGACUAACAUUUAUCGAAAUUAAGCAAUUUCCGAUUCCGAAAUUGAUGUUCGCGAGUGGUAUCGCCAAUUUCAGUCGUUACUAACCGAAUAUUUUACGAAAUAAUGUACGAAAAUGAGUUGGUUUAAUGCGGGAGCACUGGCAAACAUUGCCAAAUCAGCACUGAAGGAGGCCCAAAAGACCAUCGAUAAGGCUCUCGAUAUAAAGGAAGACGCGGAAAAUAUCGUGCCAACGAACACACCGAUCGACACCAAUCCCGACGACUUUUUCGGGACUUGGGGCAUAUCACAAUCAGGCAAUAUAACAACAGAUACACAGAAAGACCACUACAAUGAAGCCUCCGAGCAAAAUAAACUCGCAACUAGUAUUUGGGGAAGUUUUACAGGAUCGUUUUUUGUUGACAAUCAAAACACCAAAGACACUCAAUCUCCUUCGAUUGAAAGCCUAAAUGAAUCAAUAGAUUCGAACAAUGAGAGGGAUUUUAGUAAGAGUAAAUUAGUUGUCCAGCACAGUGAGGAAGAACAUUCCAUGGAGGAAGAUAAUACUAAGUUAGAUGAAGAAAAAGUCUUAGGUGUAUUGUGUCCCUUGUCAGAUAAGCAACUAGAACAAGAAAAUAGUAUUAAUCGAUUAUCAUAUAUUAGUACAGAGAGUGGUAAGAAUAAUUCAGAAAGUUUAGAUGUACUUACAGGAAGUACAGAAUGCACCACAUCACCUGAUUCUGAUGUUACUUCGACUGGAUUAAGUGUAUCAAGUUCAGCACAAGGUUCUAAACAAAUAUCGGAAUCGGUCGAAGUACUGGGUGACAGUUUAGCUAGUCCAAGUUCGGUAGAAAUAAUCAGUUCAGACACCACGACAAGUGAAAAAUGUUCCGAAGAAACUGACGAGUUUGUUUCCCCUGUUGAUUCACCCUGUAUCGAUGUAAAAAUAUCGCCGGAAAGCGUAGAGAUUAUACCGGAAGACCAGGAUGAAACCAGCAUUGCCGAGGACACGAUGUCGUAUACUUCGAUUUCCGAAAGUACAUCGGCUACUGUUUUGGAUACGGCCUUUAACAUUCAUUCGAAGCCUCAAAAAAUGCUUAAAGAUACGUACAACAGACCUGAUUUUAAUGAAACAAUUGGAAGCGAUACAGGAACUCUGAGUCCUGAGAGAAGCUUUAGUACUACCGAGGCAAUUACUAGGGCUCCUAGUAGGAGUAUGCAUUUACCUUUGACUCAAGUCAAUCACAAUCAAAUGUUAAUCGACACUCAGCCGCAUUCGGUAAAUAAACAAGACAUACCAAAGAUUUUAGAGAAAACAAACGUCAUAGACAUUCCACAGGAUGAGGAAAAUUUAAGGAGUUCAGGUUCGGAAAAUCAACUGGACACUUCUACGGACGAUGGAUCGCAAUCUGAUAGAACUUUAAUUGAGACACAAGAAAAUCUUAUGGAUAGCAGUAGCGAAACAACAAGCACUACAACUGAAGCUAGCAGCAAUUCUACGUAUUUAAAGAAAAUGAUUGCUGAUGCUAUGGUUGAAAAAUCUCCAGAAUCGGCUAAAAACACUCCCGAAGCCGGUCCUGACUUUUCGGAUAAGGCCAGUUCGCUGGACAGUGUUGCCACGUCGUCUCAAAUCGAGGUAGUGCACAGGGAAAAUUCUCCCAUGAGUUCUGAAAAGUCGGAUUUGGUUAAAAUCGAAUCGGAUCACACCUCUUGCCACACUUCGUGUGAUGAACUGGAAACUACCACUUCUUCGGACAUUGAAAUAAUUUCAAGUCCAAACGGUGAUUCUAGCAGUACACAGAGCAGGCAAAGUCCAGCAAAAAAGAAUUUACUGAAGGCCAAAUCGGCCGAAUCUGCCGUCGAUUUGAUUCACAAAAUGGCGAUCAAAAAGGUUAAAGGCCAUAACCGGGAGUUAUCUGAGGCUUCCAGCAUCAGUGACGAUUCUCAUAAUAACGUUGACAUUGACAAACUUUUGAAAAGGGUAUCUGAAAUGACAGAAAUUUUGGAAUCGAGGGAAUCGAAACUCAUUGAUAUGAACAGGAGAAAUGUUGAGCUUCAAGAGCAAAACAGUGACCUGAAGACGCAGCUGGACUGUGUCUUAACGCAGCAGCUCCAAUCAGCCGAUGUAACUCAAGUAACUGAGGAGUAUACUCAAAGACUGUCAGCUUUAGAGAAGAAAUUUCAACAGGCAAUCCGAGAAAAAGAUACACUGAGAAAACAGUUAGAUCAAGCCAAGUUAGACGUUGCCGCACGUAUGAGCAAAAACGAAAUGGAAUCCGCCAUUUCAGAAAAAGAAGACCUGAUCAAAGAACUGAGACAAGAGGGCGAAAAAUUAUCGAAACAACAGUUGCAACACUGCAAUAUUAUCAAAAAAUUGCGCGCAAAGGAGAAAGAACACGAAGCAACCAUUAAACAUUUGAAGGAAACUAAUGAGAAUCUUUCUCUUGAAACCGACCGCUUAAAGAAAUCCCUCUCCGCUAAAGAAGACGUGGAACGCACCCAAAUCGAGGCCGUUCACAAUUUAACGACGAAAAACAAAAAACUUGAGUCGGAAAUGAUGAAACUCAAAAGCCAACUCGAUGAUUUAACUCAGAAAUACGAUACGACCAAAAAAUCGCUAGACGCGGCCAAGAAAGAACUGUCCGAAAAAAAUAAAACUGCUUCGGAACUGCUGGCCAAACAGCAGCACUUGGAGAGCUUGGAAAAUGAGAAGAAAAUGACAGAGUCUCAGAACGAGGAAGUGAUCAAUCAGCUGGAUGAUCUGAGGUAUCAACUGCAAAAAACCGAGGAAGAGUACAUGAAGAAGGAGCAGAAUUUGAAGAAGGAAAACGGCGAGUUAUUGAGGAAGUUAGAGGAGGCUGAAAGUCGUAAUGAGGAGUUGUCACAGUCGAUUUCUGAGGUCAGUAAACCGCUAAUUAGGCAGUUGGAGAGUUUGCAGGCAACCCACCAAACUAAAGCGUCGAAUUUCGACAAGGUUGAACAAGCACUAACACUGAAAAUAAGGGACUUGCAAACCAAACUCGAAAGCGCUACGUCUCUCGAGAGGUCAACCAAGCAAGAGUGCGUCAGUCUCAGGUCGAAACUCGCCGAUCUAAAAGGUCAAUUGAACACGACCAAACAAGAAAUGGAGUUGAGCAAAAUGGAACUUGCGAAUACUAAGAGCGAAAAUGAGAUGUUACAAGAAGAAUUGAGAAGUGAAAAUAAGAAAUUGGCCAAAGUUGUUAAGAAAAAGGAGGAAAUCAUUGAAGAGAAAGAGCGGGAAAUCGAAAAUUUGAAGACGCGAUUGGUUGUUGAGAAGACACCCAGUGAAACGGAUAAAAAAGCAUCCAGUGUUAAUUUACAGGAUAGCGGUCCGAAAGAGUAUUUCGACAAGUUAUUUGACAGCGCACAGUCUGGAAGCAACUCCCCCACUCUCAGUCUGGGCAAAGUCUCCGUGCCAGACUCCCUGAGCAGCCAGCACUGGUCGCCAGGACCAAUCCAGGACGAGCUGUUCGAGGCUAGCCACGCCCCCCACUACACCAACAUGUUCGAACUGCAGAUCCUACAAUCUAAUCUGAAACAGCGCGAAGGAGAACUGAAACAGCUCCAGUGGGAGCUAAACAGAAGAGAACAUGAGAGGAGUUUGAUGAACGACGAAAUAUGUAGUUUACACUUCAAGAUAGGGGAACUAGACAAACUAAAAGAAGACCAUAAACAAAUCUACGAAGAAAUGUCCGGUUUGAAAAAGAAGCACGACACUUUGCUUCAACUUUUCGGCGAGAAAGUAGAAGAAAACGAAGAACUAAAGUUGGACUUGGAAGACGUUAAAGCGAUGUACAAGAGCCAAAUAGACGAAUUGUUAAGGCAGCAGAAGAAAAACUAAGAGAAGAGUAAUUUGUAAGGAUUUUCCUGAUAUUUUUAUAGAGAUAAAAAUUAUCACUAUAAUAUCUAAUAUUUUAAUAAAGCGUAAAAACCAGUUUUAGUACGGUAUGGAAUAAGAGUUAUUUAUUCUUUUGCUGCUAUACAUUUUUAAAGCGUUUAUAAGAAUACUAUAUACAGGAUGUCCCAGUAUACUGAAAAAUAGUCCCACAUUAGGGAUUUUCACUCUUUAAGAACCAACCUAACAUGCAGAAUUUUGAAAUAUAUUUGGGUGUCACCCUGUAUACAACUUGUGCACGACUUUGUAAGAGAAAAAAAAACGCUUUUUAUAUAGUCAAACUUGUUUAUAUUAUACUUAAUUAUUUAAAACGAUUUAAUCUGUGAUAAACAAAAAAUAUUAUAAAUGUCUUGUGCUUGUUUUUCUGGAGAUGGUUCCAUAGUUUAAAUUAUAAUACAGCUAUAUUAGAAUAUUUGUAUUUUUUGUGUAAUAUACUAUUGUUCAUGGCAAAUAAACCAAAUAAACAAUACAACAU